AUGCCAAAAGGCCCGUUCGCGAGCUCGGUCGGCGUCGGCCGCGCGGAACCGGAGUGGGCGAAGUUGAACAAAGUCGAUGGGAUUUGUGGACGAGACGUGAUGCACCAAUCCGGAGAGAAAACGGAAGCGCCGUUAAAGUUGGAGGAUGAAAUCACGAGCGGCGAGUGCGAAUCUCUGAUCGUUCCGGAAGAUGGAGGUUUUGAUUUGUUAAUCGUGGGUGCCGGGUUGAGCGGGUCUGUGAUCGCGGAAAGGUGCUCGAAAGAGUUGAACAUGACGUCUUUGAUUCUCGAUAAAAGAGACCACAUAGGAGGGAACUGCUACGACUUCGUCUCGGACGAAGGCAUUCGGUGCUCGAAAUACGGCGCGCAUUUAUUCCACACGAAUUUCGAAAGAGUGUGGGAGUACGUGCAAAACUUCUCGGAGUGGAUCCCGUUCGAUCAUAGGGUGAAAGGACGCGUGGAAGAUGAAAAUAAAGAGUUGAAAUUGGUUCCGAUACCGCCGACGAGAGAGACGGUGAACGCGUUGUUUAGCGCCAACGUAAACACGGACGAAGAGAUGCAAAAGUGGUACGACGAGCAACGAGUGGUGCCGAAAAGUGAAGACGGACAGCCGAGGAACGGAGAGGAAGCGGCGCUGAGCAGAGUCGGGCCGCUCUUGUACGAAGCCGUGUUUAAACAUUACACGAAGAAGCAGUGGGAUAAAUACCCGGAGGAGUUGGACGCGAGCGUGUUGUUGAGGUUGCCGUGUCGGACGACGACAGACGAUAGGUACUUUUCCGAUCCGUGGCAAGCGUUGCCGAGAAGAGGAUACACUAGAAUUUUCGAGAACAUGUUGUUGGGCGACGAGAAUAUACAGAUUCGGUUGAAUUGCGACUUUUUUGAGUUGAAGAAGUCGAACGCGUUGCCGAAACAUAAGUUGGUCGUGUUCACGGGUCAAAUAGACGCGUAUUACGCGAGUUUAGGGAUGCCAAAGUUAGAGUAUCGAUCGCUGGAGUUUGAAAACACGUACGUCGAGGAACCAGAAGAUGGUUAUUACCAAGAAGCUAUGGUUGUAAACUACCCGUCGUCGUCGGUGCCGUUUACUCGCAUCGUCGAAUACAAACACACGCCGAAUCAGCCGAGCGAACAACCCUUGCCGAGAGGCACUUUGAUUGCGAAAGAGUACAGCACGGACGUCGGGGAACCUUAUUACCCCGUACCGAAUCCAGAAAAUAGAGCUUUGUACGAAAAAUACGCCGCGUUAGCCGAGAAAGAGAAAGGGGUGUGUUUCGUCGGGCGAUUAGCGAGUUACAAAUAUUUCAACAUGGACCAAGCCAUUUUGAACGCGUUGGAGAUGUACGAUAACAUGAAAGAAAACGGGACGUUAGAGCCGAAGAGGAAACCGGAAGAUUUCGGACCCGGGGAUGGACCCAAGUGA